AUGAGUCUUUUUGAGCGAGGAAACAAUGCUCUCAAUGUCAAUCCUGUGACCGGGGUUGAUGGAUCGUUGUCUGUGCAUGGAUCUGACUGGUUCUGGGCUGUCACGGCCAUCUAUGUUUUGUCCUUCAUUGGCCUUCUGGUGCUCUCCUUCGCGGCAAAAGAAAGUGAGAGGGUCUUCCACUACCUCUUUACCUUCGCCCUCAUGGUUGGCGCCAUCACCUAUUACGCCCAGGCUUCUGAUCUUGGUUGGAGUGCUGUUGAGCAGGUCAAUAGUCUCAGCAAAGGAGUUGUCCGCCAGAUGUUCUACGCCAAGUAUAUCAACUGGGCUGUCUCCUUCCCUUCGCUCGUCUUGGGACUCGGUCUAUUGUCUGGCGUUUCCUGGACCACUAUCGUCUGCAACAUCGCCCUCGCGUGGUACUGGGUCAUCAGCUAUCUCAUAGCCGCUUACACCACUUCGAACUACAAGUGGGGGUUCUUCGCCUUUGGCACGUUCGCGUGGCUCAUUCUUGCUAUGAGCACUCUCAACGAGAGCCGCAAAGCCGCAGCCCUGCUUGAUGUAGAGCGCGACUAUAUCAUCCUUGCUGGGUGGUUGAAUAUCCUGUGGGUGCUUUACCCCGUUGCCUUUGGCCUGACCGACGGCGGUAACCGGAUCAGCGUCACAGCUUCUGGUAUAUUCUUCGGUGUUCUCGACGUGCUUAUGGUGCCAGUUAUGAGCCUCGCUGUCUUGUUCUUCGCCCGCAACUGGGAUUACCGCAAGCUGGACAUCGCCUUCAGCGACAGCCGUCCCAGCCGAGAGAGCGAAGCCGCGAUGAAGGCGCCCGUUAGUGUCACUUUGGAUUCCUAG